AUGGGUAAAAAGAAAAAACCAUCCCAUUCCACUUCUGGAGUUGGUGCGUUGGUCCAGCCUGUCGGUUCAUCCACCGGCUGCUCUGCUGGUGAUGCAGCUUCGGUUCCCCUUGCGAAUGUGUUACGGAACUGCCUCCCUGCUAGCCCUGUUCCUCAUGGUCUGGGUGGCAAUGUGGUCGACAAUCUCCCUAAAUCCCCUAGUAUUUCAUGCUCGCUGGGUACUGAGGAUACGGUUUCUGAUGAAUCAGUGGGCAAAAACAAGGAGGGAAGUAAGGAUAAUCAGGGAACUACUUCGAAGGUGGAUGCUUCGAAGGAGCUAGUUAGGGUUGUUAAAAUCAAGUUCCCUAAUGGCAAUGUUAGAGAACAGGAAAUUAUUUAUGAACAAGAACCGAAGUUCUGCAACAACUGCAAAGUAUUCGGGCACUCCUCUGUUGGCUGCAUUCACAGUAGGGAGGCUAUAGGUGAAACGAAAGCUAAUCCUAAUACUUCCAAUGUUGAGAAUACCUUCAAUGUUGCUAAGGCACAGGAUAAUCAGGAUGCUGCUCAGACUAACGUUGAAAGGGCAGAAACUAUUGAAACAGAAAAUGCACCGUUGAAGCUUAUAUCUACGGAUGGUAACCUCAAUACAGCAGGACUUAAAUCUGAUUGUAACACAGAUGUGGAGACUGCAGUUGUGAAUGAUAAUGCUGGAGGAACGGAACAGACGGAAAAGGAGCCUUUACAACAUCAGGAUACUUCUCAGACUGAUGGUACCGAAGGUAACUUCACUGAAGUUACAAAAAAGAGAAAAGUUCCUAAUAAGAGGAGCAAUGUGAAGGUUACAGGAGAUGGCCUUACCUUUAUUCGUCCUGCAAUAAAGGUUCAUGCUAAUAAUAAAGGGAAAGCCACCAAGGGUGAGCAAAGGAUGACCUCCAACAAAAACACUAAGAAGAUGGGGACUGCCCCUCCUUCAUCCUCAUGA